CACGCUAGUAGAAAUCCCUCCAAACCCAACGCCUACAAUUACAAAGAUACACCGCCUCCCGCUUCCUUCUCCGCCAUACCUCGUGUCCGACGAGCCCUAGGGAACGCGAGACCGGCCGUCGGCGAGAGAAGGACUCGAAUGGAGUGCGCAAGGGAGUUGCGGGUUCGCUCCACGUUUACGGCGGCGGCCAUGGCGUCCAAGAAGCAGGUGGGGCCUGGAGGCGCGGUUCCCGCUCAGGAACAGAUGAACGGCGGCGAUGCCGCCAGACUGGUCAGGAAGCCAAUGGAUACAUUUCCACAGCCAGCGGCGGCAAGAGGCCGUAGGGCACUUGUCGACGUUGGCAAUCUUAUGAAUGGCCGGCCUUCUCUUGUGAACCAUCAGAAGCAAGCGGUUGCGGCAGCGGCAACCAGUCAUAAACCACUCAACGUCGGCAACAAGAAGCCACUUGUUCCUCAGGCAGCAGCAAGAGGCCUGCGACCCCUUGCCGACGUUACGAAUCUUAUGAUCAAAGACCGUGCUGCUCCUGCAAAUCGUCAGAAGCCUGUGGAUGCUGUGUUUAACAGGAACGGGAAGGCAGUAAAGCUGAAGGAAUGCAAGGUGAAGCCUGAAGUCAUUGUGAUCAUUCCAGAUUCCGAGAAGGAGAAGAAAGGCAAAUUCCCUGGAGGUCAGAGAGUCUGUAGGAGGGUGCCAACACUUUUUGACAAUUUGACAAAAUGCAGCAGGGCCUCUGAUGGGAUUACCACCCCGAAGAAGAAGGAUCCAUAUGACAUUGAUGCACCUGAUUCUUGCAAUGAGCUGGCAGUCGUUGAAUAUGUUGAGGACAUUUACAGAUUCUACAAGAGCACUGAGGGCACCUGCCUUCCUCUCAGCAGCUACAUGAGCUCACAGGCUGAAAUCAGUGAGAGAAUGAGAGCUAUCCUUAUCGACUGGAUUAUCGAGGUACAGUACAGGCUUACUCUAAUGCCAGAGACACUUUACUUGACCGUCUACAUCAUCGACCAGUACUUAUCCAUGGAGAGUGUACCAAGAAAGGAGCUACAGCUCGUCGGCAUAAGUGCCAUGCUGAUAGCAAGCAAGUACGAAGAGAUAUGGGCUCCACUGGUUAAGGACUUGAUGUGCCUCUGUGACAACGCAUUUACCAGAGACCAGAUUCUGACCAAGGAAAAGGCCAUCCUGGACAUGCUCCAUUGGAACCUGACGGUUCCAACAAUGUACAUGUUCAUUGUUAGGUACCUGAAAGCCGCAAUGUGUGACACAGAGCUUGAGAACAUGACAUUCUUCUACUCCGAGCUGGCAUUGGUCCAGUACGCGAUGCUGGUUUACCCUCCAUCGGUGACCGCAGCCGCUGCCGUCUAUGCUGCCAGGUCUACACUUGGGAUGAAUCCACAGUGGACUGAUAUUCUGGAACAUCACACUGGCCUAGCUGAGCCACAGUUACUGGACUGCGCUAGGCGGCUGAUCAGCUUCCAUGCCCUGGCUCCGGAAAGCAAGCAAAAGGCGGUGUACAGGAAAUACUCCAAGCCCAAGCUCGGCUCCGUCGCGCUUCAAUCCCCUGACAAGAAGCUUUUGUCAGGUUGAGGCUCGCUGCUGCUCAUUGUAUUGUAUAUCAUCGCUUCGAUGGUACCAUUUGUUUGGGUCGUGUGCUCUUUGCUUUUCUACUGAAGCAGAGCAUGUGUUGGUUAGUCAGUUUGCUUAAACGACUACUGAAGCAGAGCCUUGUAUGUGUGUUGGGAGAAUGUGAUAUGUGAUGUCAAGCUCAAACUUCUUCUCAUCAUUGGAUAAACUACUUGUUGGCGUGGCAUUGCCGCUCGUCAUGUGGC